AUGUCCAAGCGCGGGAAUGGUGCUGGCUGCACCGAUGCUUCUACGAACACCACAGCUGCAGCAGACUUUCUUGCAAAGGCCAAGCAGCGUACUGCACUUUUGAAAGCAACGAAGCGGCAAGCCCCGGCAACACCAGCAGAUGCCAGCAAAGCCAACAACGAAAGCAAAAAAAGCCCACCCACGAGCACUCCAGCCCCCAGCCGAGCCGACUCUGGAGUGUCUUUGUCUGUUAAAUCGACGCCUGUGAAGUCCCCGGACAUGAAGAAAAGCCGGGUUUCAGUGCCGGAGCCGAAACGACGUGUCUCCGGAAAAUCCCCGGCGCCCCCGGUCCAGUCGGACAACAGGAUUGCCCGGAAGCCGCACAUUCCCGGGACGCCGGAGCGUGUGCCGAGAAGGAGCUGGAGCUAUGCUGACACGGGGUCGCAGCCACCGCCUUGCGGGACCCCAUCUUCGCGAUGCAAGGGCACACCAGCAAAGUCGCCGGAACCGAUGUCUGUGGAGAAGUUGCACGAUGCAGCCGAGUAUGGGACCCAGCCAUGGCAGGAGCCCUGGUCUUGGUCGGGGUGGAGCGAUGCAUCUUGGGGCUGGGGCAGCUCCAGCUGGUGGAAGCAUGACUACGGUUACGGCUAUGGCAUGGCGGCUGCAUGGUACAGCGGAGGGGACACAUGGGGCCGCGGAUGGAGUCAUGACAGUCAGACCUCGGAACCAGGCCCCUCGGAAGAGUUCGACCCCGCUAAUUUGAAGGAGCUACUUAGACGACCGGUUACAACGGAGGAGGAGCUGGAUAAAGAGGCGGAAAAUAUCCAGCCGGACGAGUGCAAGAAGGACCUUGACAAGGAGCUCCGAAACCUCGACACGCAGUCGACCUUGCCGUUGCCAGGGGGCCGCACCCAGAGCACUCUGGAGCUGGACAAGGACCCCUCGGAUCCAGCUGCGACUCCGGAUGAGCAGGCAACGAUUCCCCUACAGACACAGCAGCAGUGGGAAUCGCUGGCGACGAUUGCAGAGACACAGUCCCUGGAGACGCAGCAGGCAGCGAUUCCAGUGGAGACACAGCAAGUGCAGCCAUCGAUUCCCCUGGAGACGCAGCAGCAGGGCUUGCAGGCAGGAAUUCCCGUGGAGACACAGGGCUUGCAGGCAGCGAUUCCCGUGGAGACGAGAGUGCAGGCAGCGAUUCCCAUGGAGACGCAGGUGCAGGCAGCGAUUCCGCAGCAGCGUGUGCAGGCAGCAGAUCCGCCCAAGCAGCAGAUGGACAGCGUGGUCAGGGAGCUGGAAUACCAUCUCAAUAACGCAGCUACGCCCCAGAAGAGCAUGAAGCCUCCGCCGUCGGCUACGAAGGGGGCCAGUCCGUGCAAGCCGAGUCCCGUGGGUUCCGAAGACGCGUGGCGGUUGGACAAGCAUGGCCAGGUACUAUCUCCCGCAGCUUUGUUUUCCAGAUUUUACCGCUCGAUUCGAAGUCCGAAGGCACCAGAUGCUGUGAAGGAGGAGUUCAAGAAAGCGGACAACAGCUCGAACCGGACCCAGAAAUUCCAUGAUAUGUACCUCCAGUUCAUCAGCGCCAAGGGCAACUGGUCCGAUUCCACCAUAGUCCUGCGAGCCAGGAAAAGCCACAAGGAAGUGAAGGACGUUGUCUACCUUUUCAAGACGUACAGGGAUCUGGUGCAAGAGCUAGGCCAAGACAUGGCCGAUGACCUGGCCAAACGUGCCCGGGAAGCAGAUCCUACGUUCAGUGGCAAAUCCUGCCGUCUUCAUCCGCAGUUUCCGAAGCGCGAGGACAUGCAGCUCUUCAAAUCCUUUGCCUACAUCCAAGACAAGAAGCGAGACGAGAAGGAAACAUCGGCUGAGGUCGAUAUGAGGGCCGAGAAUGUCGAUGAAGAUGACAUGAUGAAUGCAAUGGAGGAUGCCCUGCCGAGCGACGAUGGGGGGCUCGAUGAUGGCGAUAAGCCGCUGCCGAAGCCCAAAGAAAAGAUUAAGCAGCCCAAAAAGGAGAAGACUUGGCGAGACAAGGGCGCUGCCGCGGACAAGAAGGCCAACCAGGACCUGGUGGAGUAUCAGGGGUUUGCAAAGGCGCUGGAUGACGUCAAGAUGGCUCCCAACAUGAAGAAAGCGAUCCUCGCCGACAUUGUGCCUGCCGCAAAUGAUCUGCGGAAAUGCAAGGACGUUGUGGCAAGGGGCAUUGGGACGAAAAUGUCCGAGGUGGAGAUGAAGCCUCUCGUAGAGGCUUUGCUUGCUGCCCUCGACGACGUCAAGACUGUCUCGGAGCCUGUCCGAAGUGCUGAGCGGAAAUCCUCGAAGGAAGCAAAACCGAAAACCAGUGCUAAGAAAGCUGCGAAGAAGAAGGAGCAGUAG